AGCUGUGUUUGGUUUGACUCGAUAGAGAAUAUGCCGUUGCCGUGUUGGAGCUGUGCUGCCCUUAAUCCAAGUGCUCUGUCAUACGGGACACCCAUCCUGGGCAAUCCUACACAUCCCAGGAACUCAAGAAACGUUUUUGUCACCGCUAACAAGUUCACUUGUCUCCUCCGGGUUGGAGUCGAAGAUAUUGCUGACCUCGCCCAUAACAAGGUGCUGAUAGCAGCUGGUGCGUCGGCAGCUAUUGGGCAACUCUCCAAACCAUUUACUUCUGCCUUUCUUGACGGCAAAGAUUUAGAUUUCGGGACUGUCUUUCAAGCGGGUGGCUUCCCUUCCACCCAUACCUCCGCUGUAGUGGCUACUGCUACAUCUCUUGCCAUUGAGAGGGGUUUAUCAGAUUCCAUUUUUGGCCUAACAGUGGUUUAUGCUAGCCUUGUCAUGUAUGAUGCUCAGGGGGUGAGAAGAGAAGUGGGAAAUCAUGCGAGAGUCCUGAACAAAGUCCUACGAAACACAAAAGUGAAAUCAUCAACAGUAGGGGAGGCUAGAGAUGAGCAUGGAGAAUCAUCAAACUCAAUAAACAUGGAGAAAUCAGCAAAAGCUCAUUUAUUACUGGAGGUAGAAAAAAGAAUUAGGAGGAGUCCUUCUGGUUCUGGCGACGAGAAGAAGUUAGGCGCUCCAUUAAUAAACGAGUCAGUUGGUCACAGUGUGGUUGAAGUCAUAGCUGGUGCUUUGUUUGGCUUCUUUGUUAGCUUGGCCGUGCAUGCCACAUUGUGACGUUAUACACUUUCAUUAUCACUUUUUUAAAAUUUUCUUUUGUGUGGAGAAUUAUUCGUUAAUGAGUGAUGCAUGCUUAUAUACAGAGAUUUGUCAGAAAGGAUUUUUUUUUUUUUGUAUUUUACAUUAAAAAGAACAAAUAAGCAAAAGUAGUGAAGCCCCAUUUCAGGGCGACAUGGAUGGAUAAA